AUGCCUAUAGGUAUUCAACCUAAUGGGUUAGCUUUAGCCGUGUCCUAUCGAGAGGGCAGCGAGGCGGCGAGCGAAGAAGACAGCGAUAGCUCGGAGCGGACGAUAAGUAGUACACGCGGUGGAGCGCAGCGGCGAGCGGGCGCACGACAGGGGCGCGGGCGGUCGUCAGUGCCGCGGCACAGCUCGCUCGUAGAGCCCGUCACCGCUAUCGCCUGCGCGCCCGCUCUUUAA